CUGGAGAGGAGCGAGUGGGGGAAACCCGCGUAGCCGAGGGAGCUGCAGCGCGGGGUGAUGUAGGAUUUGGAAAAGUUGGUGGUUUAUGUGUAUGGGCAGCAUUCAGAUCUUUUCUUCACUCCUUUAUGAUCUGGGCAAGUGUCCUCUCUCUGAAACUCAGUGCCCUUAUCUAUUGUGGGAACAACAUGCCACUAAGAGAGGAGUCUUCAUAAGAUCGUCCUUCUGGCUCAGAAGCAUGGGCUAUGAGGUGCACCACCUUCAGUAGUUGUGGCGCACAGGCUUAGUUGCUCCACCACAUGUGGGAUCUUCCUGGAGCAGGGAUCGAACCCGUGCCCUUGCAUCAGAAGACCAGAGUCUUAACAACUGGACCACAAGGGAAGUCCGAAGCAGUCUUCAGUUCAAAUUUUAAUUCUGCCGCUUACCUUCUCCGUGACCUUGGGCAAGUCUUUUGGUCUCUCCUCAAUUAUAAAAUGGGGUCAGUAACCCUAGGAAGGUUAGAGAGUUCAGGGAGGUCAGCAUAUAAAGUGCUUGGAUCAGUGCUUGAUGCCUGUGUGUUGUCAUUUUUUUGAACGGGAAACGCAGACCUGAGAAAGCGCAGUAGAGAAAGACCCGUGAGGGAGAUGCCAGCCAACUUGCCUUUCCUUUCUCUCCUAGGUUGCUCCUGUGUCCUGACUCUUCUAGUUCCCCACCCUCUGUCCCUAGGCGCCUAAGCCCAGGCCUGACUCCCUGAGGGGGUGCUCAGAAACUCAAUCUGUCCCCAUUCCCAUUCCUAGCCCCAGCCAAAUAUAAAUAAUUCACUCACCAAUGCCCAGCCUGGCCCAAUUCCAGGUAUUUCAGUGAAUAGGAGAUAUUUCUAAUAACUGGUUUUUUUUCCCUCCCAACCUUUUGGUCACUGGGACCUCGCAACUUUGUAUGUAAGUCAUUUUAAAACAGUUUGGUUCAUUUGUUGUAGGCUUCCGGAGUGUAUCCCCUAAAUUGUCUGGCUUUAAUAGGAAAGCUUAUGGUUAAAAGCAUCAGCGUCUGGUAGGCCCACAUUCCCAUCCCCACCUCUGCUGCUGUGUGUCCUUGGCCAAGUUGUUUGCCUACUCUGGGCCUUUGUUUUCUCAUAUGUAAAAUGGGCCACAUUCCAACCAUGACACUCUUGUCAGCAGUUUAUGAGAUCUCGUGUAUAAUAUGCCUAGUGCAUAUUAAGUUCUUCGUAAGUGUGACAUAUUUUGAUUAAUUUUAUUCUUUCCAGAACAAUUUAUUGAGCAUGUGCUCCAGAACCAUAACACCAAGAUUUGACUCCUGGCUCCAUUACCCACCAGCUCUGUGACUUUGGGCAAGGCACUUAACCCCCCAGGACCUGAGUUUCCUGUUCUGGAAAAUGGAGGUUCAUCCCUUGAAUCAUCCACCAUGUUGAUAGAGCACCUACUAUUUGGCGGCACCUGUCCCAGGUGACCUGUGGAGCCCCCCACCGCCAUCCAGGCCCUGCGAUGUGGUAAACCCCCGCCUGUCUGCCACGAUUCCCAGAAUGGACCGAGGUGGCCUCCUGCCCUUCCAGCUCUGGUGCCCCCGGCCCUUUGGCACCUACUCCCAGAACCAGCCACGCCCACCUUCUGCAGCCCUCAAGCCCUCAGCCUGCUCUGAGCCCGGCGCUGGGGCGGAGCCAGAACAUGGCCCUGCCCACUCUGAGAACACGCCCCCCGUCUUGGCCUCCGAGGCUCCUGCCUCCCAGCCUGCCCCACUCCUUUCCGCAGCCGCCGCUGGCGACGAGGGUCGAGUCCUGCUGGACACGUGGUAUGUGAUCAAGCCGGGGAAUACAAAGGAGAAGGUGGCCUUCUUUGUGGCCCACCAGUGUGGUGGGGGCAGUCGGGCCAGCUCCAUGAAGGUCAAGGGGCACUGGGGCAGUGACAGCUCCAAGGCCAAGAGGAGGAGGCGCUGUCUUGAGUCUACGAAGGCUCCGCCCGACCCAGGGGGACAGGACGGGCCCCCUGCCGCGGAGGGGGCCCCAACCUCUACCGGCGAGGAUGUGGACCUGCUCUCUGUGGCCGAGAUGGUGGCCCUGGUGGAACAGCGGGCCGCCCUGGCCCUGCAGAGCUACCCGCGCCCCAGCACCCCAGCGCCUGUGGUCUUCGUGUCGGCUGAGCAGGGUGGGCCUGGCAAAGGGCUGGGAUCCGAACGAAGGUCUGGCGGCGGGGACUGCAGCCGUGUAGCCGAGGCGGUGGCCCACUUUGAGGCCCAGCGGGACAACCCUCCGGCCAAGGGCCUCCGCAAGGAGGAGCGGCCUGGACCAGGUCCCGGGGAGGUGCGCAUCGCCUUCCGGAUCUCCAACGGCCGAGAGUCCCGAGCACCAGAUGGCAGCUUACCCAACGGGAGUGGGGGCCGGCCGGGUUGCGCCUACCCUGGCAGCCCGGGUCCCGGAGCCCGGGCCAAGGACAAGAUCACCUGCGACCUGUACCAGCUUAUCAGCCCGUCUCGGGACGCCCUCCCCAGCAACGUGGAGUUCCUGCUGGCUAGGGCAGACGAAGCCAGUGAGGGUGAGACCCCCGCCCCCGCCAGGCCCGAGGACACUCCCCCGGCGCCCCCGCCACCCCCUGCCCGGGACUGCGGAGCGUCAGGCUUCCACGUGGAUGUGGUGGUUACUGGGGUGGUGGACGAGUGCAUCUUCUUUGGCAAGGACAGCACCAAAAACGUGAAAGAGGAGACAGUGUGCCUGACUGUCAGUCCCGAGGAACCACCCCCGCCCGGCCAGCUCUUUUUCCUCCAGUCCCGGGGGCCAGACGGGCCCCCCGAGCCUCCGCCAGCCGACUCACCGGCCACGGCGCCAGGCCCGGACGAUGCCGAGGGGACGCCUGACACCUCCCUGUGCCGCCUGUACCGGCAUGUGUCCCACGACUUCCUGGAGAUCCGUUUCAAGAUCCAGCGGUUGUUGGAGCCGCGGCAGUACAUGCUGGUGCUCCCAGAGCACGUGCUGGUCAAGAUCUUCAGCUUCCUGCCCACGCGGGCCCUGGCGGCUCUCAAGUGCACCUGCCACCACUUUAAGGGCAUCAUUGAGGCAUUCGGCGUGCGGGCCACAGACUCGCGCUGGAGCCGCGACCCACUCUACCGCGAUGACCCUUGUAAGCAGUGCCGCAAGAGAUACGAGAAGGGCGAUGUGUCGCUCUGCCGCUGGCACCCCAAGCCCUACCACCACGACCUGCCUUACGGACGUUCCUACUGGAUGUGCUGCCGCCGAGCCGAUCGCGAGACGCCCGGCUGCCGCCUGGGUCUGCAUGAUAACAACUGGGUGCUGCCCUGCAAUGGGCCAGGCACUGGUGGGGGCCGGGCCGGCCGCGAGGAGGGGAGGUGAAGCCGGGGGAGGGGGUGGGGAAGAGCCCACCACGCCCACCCCCACCCCCUCCCCCUGGGAGCCGAGGGUCAGGACUGGGUCACCAGCCCCUACCCCCAGCCCAGGCAGCAUGGAUCCCCCUCGAGAACUAAGAUGGGGUUCACGGGGGUGACCAAGAAAGCUCUCUGAUUGACCCCACCUGGUUUUCUACUCUUCAGACCCUCAAGUUGGGUGUUUUUUUUUAAUCAGCAUCUCAAUUUCCUCUCCAUUCAGCCCCAAUGCCCUCCCUGCCACUCUCCAUACCCCAGGGACCCACUAGCAGGGAGCAGACGGCAGCUAAUUUUGGUACUACUUAAGGGUUCCCCCAUUCUGGCCCCCUUGCAUUCCCUCCCCCAGUUCUUUCUUUCUGAAGUUGUUCUUUUCCCUCCAAGAGGCUGCAGCACCUAGCGUUGGUACCCUUCCUAACCUACUACACCAGGGUUCACCUCCUCUUUAGGAAUUGGGGGCCAUCAGAUCACAUUUUGGCACUUUUCAUGGCCACCUGCCAUUUCUAGACAUUUUCCCCAUUAAAACAAUAAAAAUCAGUUUUCUCCGUAGCCUCAAGCUAUCAGUCUAUCUAGGUCCCCAAGAGGAAAACAAAAGUUGAAGUAUAAAAAUUCUCUUCCAAUA